AAUGAGUCUGUCAAUGCAAACAGUGCCUUCACCUCACCCUACACAGAGUGAUAUGGAAGGAAAUAAUCUACCUCCUAUACGCUAUAAUUCAACAGCUGAGAUACUCUUACCCGUUGCGAGCGGGCGAUAUCGUUGCGAGAUAUGCGAGCGCACGUAUUCGAGGAGAGACCAUCUGGCUCGACAUCGCCAGACCCAUACAUCCCGACGCCCAUUCACCUGCUCUAGUUGCGGGAAAGACUUUGCGAGGCGGGACCUCUUCAUGCGUCAUUCUGCAAUACAUGUCAGAGAUUACGCGCCAAACACGCUACCAAAUCGGGCACAGUAUCUGUACUCACGGAGGGUGUCGAGAGCAUGUAAGGCGUGCGCCGAUGCCAAAGUAAAAUGUCAUGAUGAGAAGCCAUGCCGUCGCUGUCUCAAGCGAGGUACACCUUGUACACCGACAUCUGGGGGAUUUGGCCCAGCCAUGCUAUUUAACCAACGGCCCGAGGUCCACUCGGAGAAUGAGCAGGCUGACUUUUCACUGGAGCCGAAUUCUGUGCGAGACAGGGUGUGUCACGGGUCUGGCUUUCCCGCCGUGAUGAACUAUUCCUUUUCAACUCGGGCUGAGACUAGGCUCACGACUAUUACAGAGGAAGCCAUGUCAGAUUAUGCGCGGAUUACAGAUUGGCCCGCUGAUGAGAGUACUCAGCUGACGAGAACUGUGGAAGGUCUCUCAUCAAGUCUUGAUCCUGACAAAGAACUGCCCCUGGAGACAUCGUUUGAUGAUUUCUUGCUAUCCAAUUUUGAGUCUGCGAGCGGGUGGGAAGAAUUGAUCCCAGAAGGACGAAUAAGACGAGCAAGUGAAGCCUAUCAAUCAUCACUGUGGUAUUCGCACCCAAAUCAAACGUCAAAGAGGACUGAGUCUAUUGGUCGCGAUCUUAGCUCUCAACCUACUGAUGCAAUACUGGAGGGCCUUUUUGAUGAACUGUGCUCAUUAUCCCCCCGCCGCUUCAGUCAGUCUAUACGAGAUAAUCUCUUUGCCGCCCUCGUUAUACAAGCUCAUAAACAAACGCCAGAUUGUCUACAAAAUAUCUGCGCUGUGUUCCCAUCCCCUGCCUUGUUGGAUGCGCUAGUCCACUCCUUCUUUGCAAAGCAGGACCAAAAGGUUGACGCAUGGAUUCACGCACCGUCAUUUGAGCCCAGCACAUUGAAUAUAGAACUCACUACCAUGAUUUUGGCCACUAGUGUAUUGACCACAUCAUCUCCCUCACUGCGCGAACUGGGAACUUGUUUGCGCCGACUUAUACGGCCAUUGAUUUUUGAGAAGUUGGAAAAAGUGCAUGAAUCUAGCUCCAGGCUAGAGCUCUACCAGGCUGUGCUACUAAGCCUUGAACUAGAUCUCUGGCAUAACGAAGAGGGCUGUCUUUACCGCGCCGGGAAGUUCACUAGUAUUAUUGCUACCAUUGUGCGAGGAGAGCUUAUGGGUCGCCAGCCCGAGUCUAUAGCUCCGCUGUCACCGACGGAUAACGUGGAAAGAGUGACUGAGAAAUGGAUUGCAUGGGUAAGAGCGGAGAGCUAUAGAAGGCUGAUGAUGCGAUUCUGUGUUUAUGAUAACCAGUUGUCCAUGACGAUGGGUGUUCGGCCUACGAUAUCUUUAUCCGACUACCGCCACGCGGUACCGCAGCCAAAGGAUCUCUGGUCCGCGAGAACCGCUACAGACUGGAGUCACAAAUACAUGGCUCAGCAGCAAAGUUAUGUUCCGCGGGUAAUAGACCUGUUCGUGUCUAUGCCAAAUAUCCCACUCAUCGCAGGCUUCCUGGAUAGCGGCUUGGCCAUGAAAGUGAGCUUUCACCUACUGGGUGGAUUGAUUACCGAGCAUCACCUAUCCACUUUAACUCCGUUCAGUAUGACCCAGACCAGGAGCGGAGAUGAGCGGGGCCUUGAGAGCACACAGAGCCGCAAGCGGGAACUGGAGACCGCAAUCACAAGCUUUCACCAUGUCUUCAGUGCAAACAUUCGUGCCUCCAGCAUAGAAGGGUUAAUUGUAUCAUACCUGUCUAUGACGCUCAGCGCAUGCAUCAAAAGGGUUGAAACUUUGGCAGGGAAGGCAGGCGAACAAGAGUCUCGCGAUGCGUACCAGGAUAUGCAGGGCUGGGCAGACACACCGGACGCGCGAAAGGCCAUCUGGCACGCGGGCCAAGUUCUUCGACACUUCAAGUCGCUUGAUCGCCUGACAAGCUUCCAGAUAAUCAUGGUGUAUCACGCAGGUUUAGUCCUCUAUGCAUACUCGGUGCUUUCGUGUGUCAGUGGCCGGCCUACAGCAGCCAAGAGCGAUUCAAUCUGCUAUCUCAACGAGGGUCCUUCCACUCAAUUAGAGGAGUUCAUCCGUGAUGGUUCUUUUGAACCGAUGCUUCGAAGUGACUCUCGAGAUACUGAUCGUGCGAGCGUACCCCUCGUCGCCACGAAGGACGCCGUAGAGAUAAUAUCCGAGAUCAUCUUGAACAGGGCAUGGAACUGUGAGGGAUUGUCACCAAGGCUAGUAAAGGGGCUAGCAAAACUACUCCAGGACCUUGCCUGUGUCAGCUAGAAUUGUUAAGUUCAAUAACUACCUCAUUGAUAUUGAGCCAAGGGUUUAUCUCAAAGCACGGCUAGCUAAUGUGGAAUCGACAUCAUUCCCAUUUUGCCCACGCAUAUCUCCGGCGCCUCGUCCCGCUGGGGAACCGAUGAGGAACCGAUGGUCUCCGGCGCCUCGUCCCGAUGGGGAACCGAUGGGGAGGGGCCGUCC